AUGAGCAUACAACUCCCUGCCUUCAUAUCUUUAAUCGACGAAAACAGCAAACCAAUAACCAUAUAUGUUCCACCAAGCGCGUCAAAUGACGUUAAUGAAAUUUUGAAAUAUAACGUAUUAUCCAACAUUGCCAUAGACUACUUUGAUAGUAUAUUAAUUCAAUGGGACACAUCGGAACUACCCCCAGUCAAGACUUUAUUCCAAGUAGAGGGAAUAUCUGUGUUUGGUAUGCUCAUAAAGCAAACAGCUUUGAAGAUAGUGAUAGGAUUUAAUACAUGUUUCAAAGAGGACGACGUAAAUCUGAUUGAAACCUUUAAAAUUGUGAAAAAAAUUUAUAUCAGAGUCAAGUCUAAUCCAUUCAAUAAGGAAAGUUCAGAUCAAAACGGCUUAACAGAGCAUUUGAAUGCUAAAUUUGACAAAGAAUUUUCUAGCUCGAUUGACAUUAACUCUUCGACGAAGUCCUGA